GUAAAAAUUUUAGGUGUUAUUUUAGAUUCUGAAUUGUCAUUCAAAGAACAUAUAGAAUACACUGAAAGAAAAGGCACUAAAGCAUUGGCUUCCUUGAUGUCAGUAGCCAAAACAGAGAAGAUCAGCGUCAAAAAUAUGAUAAAUCUUUAUACAAGCUUGGUUCUACCUCAACUGGAGUAUGCAGUCCCUAUUUGGCAGAUUGCCAACUGUCAGCCCCUGGACAAGAUACAAAGGAAAGGUUUAGCUUACUGCCUUGGAUUACACAACACAGCCAGUAAAGAUGCAGUUGAAGUAUUGGCUGGAGUUCUUCCACUUGAUUUGAGGCGAGAAGAACUGAGUAUUCGAGAAUGUGGGAAAAUAAUGGCAAAAGGAAUUAGGCAAAACAUUGCAAAAAGUUUAAAAAGCUGUCAAGAUAGGUAUGGAAAAGUCAGAGAAAAAUUCCAAUCUCCAUUCUUUUGCAUGCUCACACAGGUAGAGGACAUGAAAUCAUUAACCACCAUCACACUGAACAGUAUUGAACCAGAGUUUUCAUACCUUGAAUACCUGCAACCAUCUAGAACCAGACCAGAUUAUUGGAACAAUCUAGGAUCCUCCAAAUCAAGAACUGUUAAACAAGAAGAAGAUGCAAGACAACACAUCUCAUCACUUCUAUCUGAUGUAGAUACCAAAACAGCUGUAGCAUUUACUGAUGGUUCCUGUAGAGGAAAUCCAGGUCCAUGUGGUGCUGGAGCCUGCAUUCUUCUUCCAAACACAGAAGUUAUAGAACUGAAACAACCAGUAUCAAAGUUAUCAUCAAUUUUAGUAGGAGAACUGGUUGCCAUUAAAAUAACACUUCAAGCCCUACUUACUGAGAUUGGAAGAUUUGAAAUAAAUAAGAUAAAAAUACUUAGUGAUAGUCAGUCCGCUGUUGGAAUUAUUGAUCUUGGCUGGGAAAAUAAGACGCACAAAUUCCUGUCAACAGAGAUACUCCAGUUGAGGAAAGAGCUUGAAUUAGCAGAUGUUACAGUCAAUUUUGAUUGGACUCCUGGUCAUGCUGGCAUAAAAGGGAAUGACAUUGCUGACGGACUUGCAAAAGAAGCAGCAAAAGAAGCUGAGGAAAUGGAAACAGAAGAUUCACUCCUUGUAACAAGUCAAAGUGACAUUCGCCACUCAGCUAGAGAAUCAGUCCGCAUUAAAUGGCAGAGAAGAUGGGAAAUUGUUGAAACUGGCAGGCAUCUCUAUGGACUCAAGCCUCAAGUCCAGCCCAAAAAAAUUAACUUCCAUGGCUUGAGCAACCAAAGACAGUUACUUCAACUACAAAGUGGAUAUUGCCUCAAUGAUUAUCUGAACAAGAUUGGGGCCACAAACACAAGUCUAUGUAAUUGUGGAGAAGUUGAGACAGUAACACAUUUUAUAGAGGACUGUACCCUGUAUGAGGCAUCAAGAGAAAACCUGAAGAAAGAAAUAUUCCUAAAGACAGGAAUAAGUGUAUUUACAAAAGAACUAUUGCUUUCAGACAUCAUGAAGACCAAUUCAAAGACCAUAGGCAAGAGUUGUCAAAUAUUGCAAAUGAAUUUGUCAAAUUAUCCAAAAGAUUUUAAUUUUUUUUUUUUUUUUUUUUUUUUUUUUUUUUUUUUUUCUUUCAUCCAAAAAGAUUUUUUUCCCCUUUCAGUUUACAUUCUAUUUCAUAAUUAUUAUUAAAUUAUUGUAACCCUACUUGAGAGUUUUUUACCGUAAUCGGAAAUACCAGAGUUUAGCUGUACAUACCGGAGUGACAACACGGCCAUUAUCAAGGCUUUGAACGAAACGAAACGUAAAUGUUGUAAUAUUUUCAUUUCCAUAUAUUUUGACUGAGGACAGUGGUGAGAUGAAAGACGUCAGUAUCCAUUGUAAAUACACAUGCAUGCUCUGCUGUAAAAUCGUUUUUGUAAGAAAUAUAUACUUAAAGCUACUUAAACUACAUAAAUGAAAAAUAAAUAUUAUUGUAUAACAUAUAAUGUUCUCGUUUUUGUAAAUAAUUACAGUGUAGCUAAAUAAACAAACAGUAUGGCAUAUGUAGUUAAUUCAUGUUAAAUACUGUUUAAAGUAUUUUUCUCAAGUAAGUGGGUCAUAUUUUUUAGUUAAAUCAUGUUCAGUAAAUGGUUAAAAGAACUUAGUCACUAUCACAUUUUUUAAAGAUCAGUUGCCAAAGCAAAUCUAUAAAAACUAGGACACCAAGAAGUGUUUCUUCCUUUUCAACAUUAUUUUCUAUUCAUGACAAUAUGAAAAUGAUUGAAAUUUAUAGCUGACCAAUUAUUAUUGCUUUCAACUCAUGAUAAAUUUUCUUUAUAUACUGGUAUGUGAUUUCAUGGUUGGAUCUUGAGUACUUGUCAUGGCUCUUGAUUUAUUUUGGAGUGUUCACCAUCAGAUUAGAAAUCAAAUAGUGAUACCACCAGGCAUAGUUGAAAGGAAAUGUCCAUACACAGUCUUGGAGUACAUAGUGGUAGAGACAUGGCAGUCCAUUACAGAUUUUGACUGAAUUAAAGCUUCUUAAAGCUCCAUGUCUUGUGUAAACUGUCUGACUGAAUGUUUGUAUUCUAAUAAAAACUAAGGUUGAAGACACUUCAAAGAUAUAUGUCAGUGUAAAAAUGUUAAACAAAAUAUCUGUCUUUGUUAGAAAUAAAUAACCUGUCUUUAUUAGAAAUAAAUAACCUGUCAUUUGUAA